UUGCUUUCUUCUAUGGCUUAGGCAGGUAUACUUGGUAACAUGCAGAAUUUGUAUGAGACUGUGAAGAAAGCUCAAAUGGUUGUUCAAGUAGAGGCUGUUAGAGUGCAGAAGGAGCUUGCUGUUGCUGAAUUUGAUGGUUAUUGUGAAGGCGAGCUUGUCAAGGUUACAUUAUCAGGUAACCAGCAACCAAUUCGCACUGAUAUCACUGAUGCAGCAAUGGAAUUAGGCUCCGAAAAUGUUGCUGCUACCAAGGCUGCAAGUAGUUCAGAUUCAUCUGAUGAAGAUUCUGAUGAGGAAAGUGAAGAUACUACUGAAUGUCUUCAUGGUGCAAUUGUUGUGGAGAAGAUGCGUAGGUGAAAGGUACACUCCUAAAUUGCUUUAAUUGUUAAUUUUUGUGUGUGUAAAAUUGAAUUGAAUUGAGAUUAGGAACAAUGAAAUUAAAUAGAAACUGACCACUUUAAUUUAAUAGAGAUUAGAUAGAUGUGGUUGAGAAUGUAGUUGUCUUUAAAUGAAUCAAUGAAUACAGAAAAAGUAGAUAGUGAAUUUAUUGUCAUCUCUUUAACAAUAGUUUCUCUGAAGUUUAAUGUAUUUGUGGCGUUGGUGAUGAGAUGGAGUGAAUUUAAACAGAAAAAAAAAAUUAAAUGCAACUGAACUUUAACUUAAAGUUCAAUAAAAUGGUGAUGAGACAUUAGCCAUCUAAAUUAAAGUUAUGUUGAUGGCUAGUGUCUCAGUGACUUGAAUUAGUAUUGUGUUUGUUAUUUAUUGAGGCUUUUCCUUUAUAAUGUCGACAAUGAGAACUAAACAAACCACUUAAACUCUUCUAAAACACAAAAUGGCUUCCAACUUAAACUAUUCCUCCUCUCAAUCCUUCACCAAUCUCUUGUUUAGCCAAGAAGAUAACCCAACGCCUCUCAGUCCUUCACAGCCUCCUUUUUCUGAAUCCCAAACACCCACAUCCUUAGCUAGGGCGUCUAGAGUGAGAUGGAGUGUUCCUGAAGAGAAGGCACUUGCAAGUGCCUGGCUCAACACAUCCAAAGACUCUGUUGUGGGGAAUGAGCAGAGAUCAGCUGCCUUUUGGGAUAGGGUUGCAGCAUAUUAUGCUGCAUGUCCUGCUGUCUCUAAGCUCACCAUCCGAGAGCCAAAUACUUGUAAGCAGAAAUGGCAAAAAAUGAAUGAGCUUGUGAUGAAGUUUGCAGGCUGUUAUGAGUUUGCCUCUCGGACUCCUCGCAGUGGAGAGAAUGAAGAUGACAUUAUCGUGCUGGCCUACAAGCUUUACCAUCAAGAUCAAAAAAACAAAUUCAGUCUUGAGCAUGUUUGGAGAAUCCUCAAGACUGAUCAGAAAUGGUGCAAUUGGUGUGAGACCAAACUUCCUGCCAAGAAGAAAGCUAAACUUUCAUCUGUAGAAGAAGAGAGUCUUCAAAGGCCUAUAGGUGUGAAGGCAGCCAAGGCUUUAGCCAAGUCUAAAGGUAAGGGAAAGAGUGAAGGAGGAGCUGAAGCUGGUUCUGCUGCUGAACUUCAGCUUUUGUGGGAAGUGAAAGAGAAGGAUUUGGCUGUCAAAGAGAGACUCUCCAAGCAGAAGCUACUUGACAGCCUUCUUGGAAGGUCUGAUGGAUUGAGUGAGAUGGAAAUUGAACUUAAGAACACUCUUAUCAAAGAGUAUCUUUCUGGAAGCAAUGUGUUUGUUUCUGAGAAUGAAUAUUCUGGUCUUUAGGACCUCCUCUUGGAAGCUAGUGAUGUCGGCAAGGAAUGGAUUGAGUGGUUCUGUUGCUUCAAUGUCAUCUUCUAUGACUUUUUUUAUUCGGAUGUAACUUGUGUUUUGUAUGGUCAGAAGCUACUUGUGGUUUGUUUGGUAGCAGCAUGUAUGGUCGGCAAUGUAUUGUUAUUUUCUAUGGUCAUAGCUAGUUGUGUUUUGUAUUUUAGUAGUAAAAUGUAUGGUCGGCAAUAUAUUGGUCAGAAGCUACUUGUUUUUAGUGUAUGUGUAUUAUUGUGUUCUCAUAUUUCUCAAUGUAUUAUAUAUAUAUAA